AUGAUCUCCUCGACGCCCCCAGACAGGAGCGACUACCCACGCAGUGGCACAGAAAAGGCAAAAGCAUUUUCCAGCUCAAGAGCCGCGAUGGACCCGGAGCUUUCCCCUUCCCAAGAUACGGGCGCCCAUCACAUGUCCUCGCCUGGCGACGUGGACGACAUGCGGCGCAUGGGCCGCAGCCAGGAACUCGUCCGCCGCUUCCGCCUCUGGUCGCUCAUCUCCUUCGUCGCGCUCGCGACGGCCGCGUGGGAGCUCGCCAUCUUCGGCGUCUCGCCGGCGCUCGUCGACGGCGGGCGCGCCGGGAUGCUGUGGUCGAGCGUGUGGUGCUUCCUCGGCUUCGGGCCCGUGUACCUCAGCAUGGCCGAGAUGGCCAGCAUGGCGCCGACGGCGGGCGCGCAGUACCACUGGGUCUCGGAGUUUGCGCCGGAGCGCGUGCAAAAGACUCUGUCCUACUUUACGGGAUGGAGCUCGACGCUGGCGUGGCAGGCGGGCAAUGCUUGGGGUCUCAUACUCAUUGGUACGCUUCUUCAGGCCAUCGUCAAGGUCAACAACGAAGCGUAUGCGGAGUCGGCGCCGAACUGGCACGGAACCGUCAUUGUCAUCGGUGUGUCGGUGCUGGCGGUGGCGGCCAACGUCUUCGGCGCCAGGUGGUUGCCGUACUGGCAAAACGCAGUCUUUGUGCUGCACAUUCUCGCCUAUGCCGGGUUCAUUGUCCCCAUUUGGGUCAACGGCCCAAAGGUGUCGUCGCAUUCGCAAGUCUGGGGCAGCUGGGAAGAUCGUGGCGGCUGGCCGAGCACAGGCUUAUCCAUCAUGGUUGGCCAGCUGCCCGCGCUCGCAAGCCAGACGGCCAUUGACUCGGCAGUACACAUGGCCGAGGAAGUCUGCGACGCGUCCGUCUCUAUUCCCCGCGUCAUGCUGGCCACCUGGGCAUUCAACUAUGUCACCAUUUUCAUCGCGCUCAUCACCAUUUCGUACCAUGUGCCGGAUAUUGACCUCGCCCUCGACGACGCCACCGGCUAUCCCGUCAUCUUCGUCCUCCGAGCGUCCAUGUCGCUGCCGUGGCUCAACGUGGUGCUCAUCGUCAUCCUGUUGCUCUUAAUCUUUGGGAACCUGUCGUACCUAGCCUCCGUCACGCGUGAUUUGUUUGCCUUUGCCCGCGAUCAGGGCCUGCCCUUCUCCAGCUGGAUCAGCAGGGUCGAUCCGGUGCGCAGCAUCCCGACCAACGCCUGCAUUGUGACCGGCACCACGACCGCGCUGCUCAGCCUCGUCUACAUCGGCAGUCCCGUGGCAUUCUAUGCCGUGAUUUCGCUGAGUACCGUCGCCAUCCUUCAGUGCUACUGCCUGAUUCUUGUCCGCUUUGUUGAGAUUCAAAUCAUCCCACGAUCCAAGUUUGACGAGAUGGAUCGAGUGGUGGAGGCAAGACGAAAGUCGACCAUCCGGCGAACAUCCAUGCCAAAUGACCCGCAGGCCAUGAUAGAAGAGGAGCAGGCGUGGCGCCCAAUCAUGAUUGGCAAUCCCAUCGGUAAAAUGCGCAGAAUGAGUAUUCUCGAGCUUGGAAGCAUGACCCGCUGGCAGGAGAUUCGGAAGAAAAAUCGCCUCAUUGAUGCCGGCGCGCAUCUGAACCGUGGUGCUUUGGGCCAGGGAUUGGGGGCCCUGGACGAUCAGAUGAGUGACUUGAAGCGAAAUUUACACAUUGGUAGCGGGAGGAAGAAGGUCAGGCGUAUGUAUCGUUCGGAUGAAAGCAGCGAGACUGGGAACGAUUUGGACUUUGACGGGUACAGCAUGAGCAAUCUCAGCACCCCAGGCAGAAACAGGGACGAUCCGAUGGAGACGGCCAUGAUUGAUGAGGAAAUAGGCCGCGCGCAACAGAAAUGA